CGGGGGGCCGCGGGGGUCGCUCGGGGCCCCCCGAGGCCGCCGCAGCCGCCGGGGCCGGGGAUGGUGGCGGGGGCGGCCGGAGCGGGGCGGCGGCUCCGGGCAGAGCCCUGACGGAGCGAGCUCCACCAUGAGCGUGAGGCCUCCGCAGGCCCCGGACAGGUUGAGCAGCCUCUCCUCGUCCCUGGGCGAUUCCCCCUCGGAGCGAAGGUCCCCCGGCCACCACCGGCAGCCCUCGGACGCCUCCGAGACCACAGGGCUGGUGCAGCGCUGUGUCAUCAUCCAGCGGGACCAGCAUGGCUUCGGCUUCACCGUCAGCGGCGACCGCGUGGUGCUGGUGCAGUCCGUGCGCCCCGGUGGGGCUGCCAUGAGGGCCGGCGUGCAGGAGGGCGACCGCAUCCUCAAGGUGAACGGGACGAUGGUGACCAACAGCUCCCACCUGGAGGUGGUGAAGUUGAUCAAGUCCGGUGCCUACGUGGCCCUGACCCUGCUGGGGUCCCCGCCCGGCCCUGUGGGAAUUCCGGGAUCCCAGCAGGAGCCGGAGCCCCCGGCGUGUCCCCAGGGGCCCCCCCAGCGCAUCACGGAGCCCCGGCCCCUGCAGGACCCCGAGGUGCAGAAGCACGCGGCGCAGAUCCUGCGGAACAUGCUGCGCCAGGAGGAGGCCGAGUUCCAGCGCUUCCAGGAGCUGCUGCAGCGGAAGCCGGGCGCGGCGCUGGAGGAGCAGCUGGAGGGGGCGCGGCGCCGGCUGAGCCAGCUGCAGCUGAAGGUGCUGCAGGAGGCGCGCGGGGCCGCGGAUCUGGGCUCCCGGCCCCUGGAGGGGUCCCCGCAGCUCCCGGGGCGCCGCCCCAGGGACCCCCAGGACGGGGAGGGGCGGCUGGAGCCCGGCCCCGAGCGCGCCCCGGCCCCGGCGGAGGUCUCCCGGAAUUCCGGCUUUUCCGAGCCCGGCAGCCCCCGGAGCUCCCCCGUGCUCGGCUCCCGCCUCUCCACGGAUCCGGGAUCGGGGAGGCCCCAGAUCAUCGGCCCCGAGGAGGAUUGUGAGCCUGGGAGUGGCAGCAACGAGAGCGAUUCCGUGUUCCAGGAUUUGGGAAUUCUCAAAUCCCGCCCGGCCCACUUGGGAGUUUUCCUGAGGUUCCUCUUCUCCCAGGCCGAUCCCACUCCUCUGCUGUUCCACCUGUGCUCCGAGGUUUGCUGCCAGCAGAGCCCCCGGGAGAGCCGGGCCCUGGGCAGGGACAUCUGGAACGUCUUCCUGGACAGGGCGGCGCCCCUGCGGGUGAAGGUGCCGGAGCAGCUCCUGGCUGAGAUCGAGCUGCGCCUGCGGAGCGGGGACGAGCUGCGGCCGGCGCUGCUGGAGGCGCAGGAGUCGGUGAUCCCGGAGAUCCAGGAGCAGCUCCAGGACUACAGGACGAAGCGCACGCUGGGGCUGGGCAGCCUCUACGGGGAGAACGAGCUGCAGGAGCUGGAGCUCGGGAAUUGCGCCCGGGAGCCGCGGGAAUGCCGGGAGAGGGAGCGGGCGCUGGCCGAGAGGCAGCUGGGACACCUGGGGGACAUCCUCUCCAAGUACGAGGAGGAGCGGAGCUCCCCCAUGGCCUUCGCCCUCAGCACUUUCAUGGCCCACGCCGGGAUCCGGCCCCGGGAGCCCCGGGAGCCCCGGGAAUCCCGGGAAUCCCGCGGCCCCGGCGCCCCCGAGAAGCUCCCGGACAAGGACAAGUGGCUGCCCUUCUUCCCCAAGGCCAAAAAGAGCAGCAGCUCCAGGAAGGAGAAGGAGCAGAGGCAGAACCCGAUCCUGAAAUACAUCGGGAAGCCCCGGAGCUCCUCCCAGAGCACAUUUCAUGUCCCCCUGUCCCCAGCUGAAGCAGUGAAGCCGGGGAACGUGCGGACCAUGAUCCAGCACUUUGAGAACAGCCACGGGGAGCCCCCGGAGCCGGGAGCGCAGCGCCUCUCCACGGGCAGCAUUCCCGAGGAGCUGCUCGACCCCGACAGCUCCCGGGGCGAGGUGCGCCUGGGCCGCUCGGAGUCGCUGAAGGGGCGGGAGGAGCUGCGGCGCUCGCGGCGCUCGGAGCCGGUGCCGCGCUCCCGCAGCGACGUGGACAUGGACGCGGGCAGCGAGACCCCCCGGCUGCACUCGGCCUCCUCCUCCGCCUCCAGCCUCUCCAACAGAUCCCUGGAAAACCCCACCCCCCCCUACACGCCAAAGAUGGGGCGCAGGAGCAUGGAUUCUCCCAGCCUGGGCUUCGGGGCCGACCCCUUCCUCCCGCACCUGCUGGAGGACGAGCCGGGCGCGGUGCCCGAGCUGGAGGCGGAUCCGGAGUCGCAGCCCGGCCAGAAUUCCCAGCCCGGCUGGCAGGGCUGGCAGCAGAGCGCGCAGAGCUGGCAGCACUCGGUCAGCCGGGAGCUGCUGGCCAGCCUGUCCCCGCGGGAGGUGGAUCGCCAGGAGGUCAUCAACGAGCUGUUUGUCACCGAGCUGUCCCACCUGCGCAUCCUGCGUGUUCUGGAUUUGCUUUUCUUCCAACGCCUGCGCCGGGAGCAGCUCCUGAGCCGGGAGGAGCUGGGGCUGCUCUUCCCCAACCUGCCCGACCUCAUCGACGUGCACAGUUCCCUCUGGGAGUCCAUGCGGAGGCUGCGGGAGGAGCAGGGUCCCAUCGUGGGCGAGAUCGGCGACCUCAUGCUGGCCCGGUUCGAGGGCGCUGCCAAGGAGGAGUUCCAGCGCGUGGCCGCCGCCUUCUGCUCGUCGCAGUCGAUCGCGCUGGAGCUGAUCCGCACCAAGCAGCGCAAGGAGAGCCGCUUCCAGCUCUUCAUGCAGGAGGCCGAGAGCAACCCGCAGUGCCGGCGGCUGCAGCUGAAGGACCUGCUGAUCGCCGAGAUGCAGCGCCUCACCAAGUACCCGCUGCUGCUGGAGAACGUCAUCAAGUGCAGCCCGGCGGGCUCAGCAGAGCAGCAGAAGCUGCUCCGGGCGCGGGAGCAGAGCCGGGACGUGCUGCGGGCGGUGAACGAGGCCGUGCGCCGCGCCGAGAACCGGCAGCGCCUGCAGGAGCACCAGCGGCGCCUGGACACCUCGGCGCUGGAGAGGACCAGCAACCCCCUGGCCGCGGAAUUCCGGAACCUGGACCUGACCUCGCACCGGAUGAUCCACGAGGGACCCCUGGCCUGGAGAGUGGGCAAGGACAAGAGCGUGGAUCUGCACGUGCUGCUGCUGGAGGAGCUGCUGGUGCUGCUGCAGCGGCAGGACGAGCGCUGGCUGCUGAAGUGCCACAGCAAGGGUGGCCUGGGGGGGACCCCGGACACCAAGCAGAGCUUCAGCCCCGUGCUCAAGCUCAGCUCGCUGCUGGUGCGCUCCGUGGCCACAGACAAGCGUGCUCUGUUCAUCAUCUGCACCUCGGAGCUGGGCCCCCAAAUCUACGAGCUGGUGGCACUGACGUCCUCGGAGAAGAACACGUGGAUGCAGCUGCUGGAGCAGGCGGUGCAAGGGGCCACCAGGAGCCUCCCGGGGCCACCGAAACAGGGCCAGGGCGAGGCCAGCGGGAACGGAGCCUCCAGCCUGCUGCUGCCAGACCCCGCCGUGUCCCCGGAGCUGGCCCGAGACACUGAGCCCGAGGAUUGCUCCUCAGCUGGCAGUGACCCCGAGCCCUCGGGCAGGGCCCGGCCCCUGCAGGAGCUGCUGGAGGAGCCGCGGGGGGCCGGGGCUGGGGACCCCGACCCCGACCCGGGGGACCCCGACCCCGGCCUGGGGGACCCCGACCCCGGCCUGGGGGACCCCGACUCCGUCCCGGGGGGUCCCGACCCCGUCCCGGGAAUCCCCAAAUCCCCGGGGAACGCCGGAGUGGCCGAGGCAGCGCUGGAGGAUGUGGACACCCUGCGGCUCCUGAUUGUCCGGAGGCUCCGGCCGGGCCGGGACCCCCAAAGCGAGGACGGAGAGACCCCCACGGCCGGAGCCCCCAGCGACCCCCGGGGGAACGGCCGGGAAUUCCCAACAUCCGGCCGGGAAUUCCCAAUGUCCGGCCGGGAAUUCCCAACAUCCAGCCGGGAAUUCCCAACGUCCAGCCAGGAAUUCCCAACAUCCAGCCAGGAAUUCCCAACGUCCGGCCGGGAAUUCCCAACAUCCAGCCAGGAAUUCCCAACAUCCAGCCAGGAAUUCCCAACGUCCGGCCGGGAAUUCCCGGUGUCCAGCCAGGAAUUCCCGGUGUCCAGCCAGGACUCGGCCACGUCCAGCUGGGAUUCCGGGAUGUCCAGCUGGGAGUUCCCAACGUCCGGCCAGGAUUCCAGGAUGUCCGGCCGGGAAUUCCCGGGGUCCGGCCAGGAAGGGCCGGAGGGGGCGGAGCCCAGCGGGAUCCGAAUCAACCGGAAAGCCCAGGAGGAGGGGCCGGAGGAGGCCACGCCCCCGCGCGGCUGCAGCCAAUCAGAGCCCGAGCUGCGGGAAGGAGGCGGAGCCAGCGCCGAGGGGAAUUUCUUCUACCUGAGCCUCCCCACGGGCCCCCCCCGGCCGGGAGGGGACACCGGGGACAGCCCUGGGGACAUGGGGGACCCCUCUGGGGACACGGAGCUGAUCCUGGGGACCCUGGAGGAGCUGCGGGGGAAACUGCUGAGCCUGAGGGCCAUGGAAGCCGCUCACCGGCAGCUGCUGCGCUCGCUGGGCGGGGGCGACGCCGCCGUCCCCAGUGUCCCCAGUGUCCCCAGUGUCCCCAACAAUGUCCCCAACCCCGUUCCCGGGCGGGCCCCGCCGCCCCCCAGCCCCCAGAGCUCGCCCCAGGCCCCGCGGGGACACCAGGGGGGACACCACGGGGGACACGCUGGCACCACCACCCUCGGCACAGGCUCCGACGCCCCCGCCCACCUUUAACCCGGAGGGGGGGGAUGGGCUGGAAUUUCCCUCCCCUCCCCCAAACCCCCGGAAGAUUUUCCAGGGAAUUCCGGCCGGGAAUUCCCCCCGGACAGCCGGACAGACAGACAAAUGCACUUUGUUGGGAAUUCCCCCUUUCCCCCAAAAUCCUAUAAAUAUGUACGUACGCCCCUCCCCCACGCUGUAAAUACCCCCGGGUGUCCCCUCCCCCCCCCCGGUGACAAUCGGGGGUGACACGGUGACAAUCGGGGGUGGCACCCCCAGGACCCCCCAAGCCCGGAUUUGCCCCAAAUCCCGGGGUUUGCCCCCAGAACCGGGGUUCCACUAUAAAUAUUAUAAAUAAACGCCGAGCCCGGGGGGCGGGGAAGGA